UGCUCUAAGCUCGCAGCUAAAUGCAUUGAAGAUCCUACGGACAAAACCAAAGGAUUUAGCUGCGUUUGCAACAAAGGUUCCGAAGAAGAUAGCAAUGGAAUAUGCAGAAACAAAUGUCAACUAAAGAAGUAUCGUAAUGUGUGCGAAAGACUAUUUGCUGUGUGUGUUCUUAGUUCCGAUUUGGAGCCUAUAUGUAAGUGUCCUCCAUUACUGAGCCGGAAGUACGAAAAUCAGCCGUGUCGCAUUAUUGAAAGGAACUCAUACACUGGAGUAAUAUCAGUACUAAAAGAUCGUUACGUGGUAAGGACAAAGGAACAUGGGGAGACAAUUGACGAAGUAAAACUCACUAAGGAAAUAGAAAAAUCACUAAACCACGUAUAUCAAAACGUUAAGGAUACAAAAUUAUUGCACUAUAUGGAAGAUGAGACUGGUACUUUGAACUGUGUGGUGGAGAUGCAACUGAAUCUACCUCUGGAUAAAGAGGAAGUCAAUCAAAUUGUAUCUCCUUCUGCCUGCGUGAGCCUGAAUGAGACAUUCUGCUGGAUUAAACCCUACCUCGUUAUGAAGAAAGUCGCUGAUGGAAGAAUUUUCAAACCUACAGACGCUUGCAUGGAAAAUGUGAAAAAUAAACUUUGUGGUUUUACAACUAGUUGUGUGAGUAAUGCCAAGAAAAGUUUCCAGUGUGAGUGUGGAACUGGUUUUGAAUCAACCGGAUCGUACAAUCCCACCAAUGACAUGGCCACUUUCGUUCAAAGAUGUGAAGAUACCGACGAAUGUUUGAAUACAACGUACUGCCCUCACAGGAACAGCACUAAAUGUGUCAACACCUACGGGAGCUACCAAUGCCUUUGCGAAGACGGGUAUAGACGAGAAGACAAAAACGAUAUAGAAACAGAGGGCUGCAUACCUGUAUGUGAUCCAAAUCCUUGUGUCCAUGGCUCAUGUAUUCCAGUUGGAAGUGAUGGGUUCUCUUGCAACUGCCAUGGGUUAUUCACAGGAUAUUUAUGUAACACCACAAAUGAAGUAGUCCUAAGUGCCAUGGCAGCCGGACAGCAGCAAUCUUCAAUCAUUGGUGGUGCACUAGGAGCUUUUUCGCUACUCUUGAUUUUCAUCGCUUACAAGCUUUUUAAACGUAACAAAAAACUAAGUAAAGGUGAAAAUAACGAGUAUGAGAUGCAGCGAACACAAAGUGCUAUAACUGCAAUGUCUCGAUUCGCACACCGACCUCCACAAGCUGUUGAAGAAGAAGCAAAUGUCGAAAGGGUACAAGAACGUACUAGAGGGACCGAAGAACAAACGAGACCAGUUAGAAUUCCCAGGGUUCGAAGCAACGACGAAGAUACUUCUCCUGACCCCCAAGGACGUCGACGACCAGAAACUAGACAUGAAAGACGAACAGAAGCUCAUUACACGAAUAAAAGCUUCGACAACAUUUAAAUCAUGCACAUUGAAAAAACUGGACAUUGCUUCUAUGCCAAUGGUGUCACAGGUUCACAUAAAUCAUGUUAGGCGUGUGCAAAGAAACCCAAGUUAAUUGUAGUUUUUCUCUUUAUGAACUUGUGUUACAGUUCAAUUAUCUCAGGAAUUCAGAAACUACAAUGUGCAUGGGAUGACUAAUAAUGCGUAAACUAGUAUAAUUUGAAUGUAUUAAUAUUUAUUUUGACAUUAUUAAGAAUAAACUAUGCACGAAGUUCAU